UCUGCAUUCGUCGUGCUGUACGGCGGCUGGCGCGAGGGUAACCGGUGAAGAACCACAUGGCCGGCGGCGGCGACGAUUCCGUCUGCCGGGCCGCGCUCCGGGAGGCCUUCGGCGACUCGUCGGACAGCGAGUCCGACGCGCCGGCCGGCUCCGGCCGCGGGCGGUGGAGGUGGGAGGCGGUGGCGGGGGUAAGGGGGUUGUGGCUCUGCGCCGCCUUCCUCUCCGCCGACGAGCAGGCGCGCCUCCUCGCCGCGAUCCAGCGGGAAGGGUGGUUCAUUGAUGCAAAUAACCAAGCUAUGAGAUUUGGUGAUCUCCCUUCAUGGGCUGUCGAACUUUCCACCCUCAUUCGUGAAGCUAUUUGUGUUGGUGAUGUCAAUGUUGGUGUUAGCGCAGAGAUGGCAAAUGAGGAUGAAGAUGCAUGUCCUCUGCCAUCAGAUUUGUUGUGGAGGGAACCAUUUUUUGAUCAAAUGAUUGGAAACAGAUACAACCCAGGUGAGGGUAUCUGCGCCCAUGUUGAUCUGAUGCGCUUUGAUGAUGGAAUCGCAAUAGUCUCCCUCGAAUCAGCUUGCGUCAUGCACUUCAGCCAAGCAGAACCAACAGGCACAGCCUUGGACACCCUGAGGCAAGGGGAUGGUGAGCCUAGAAAGUUCCCCGUUUACCUGAACCCAGGCUCCCUUGUUGUGAUGUCAGGAGAUGCAAGAUACCUCUGGAAGCAUGAGAUCAACCGCAAACCAGGUGCGCAGCUGUGGGAUGGCAGGGAACUUGAGCAGCAUAGAAGAACUUCUGUUACACUGAGAAAACUCUUGGCUUCUCCAAGCUGAAGUGCACAAUGACACUUGAAGACAGUGAACAAUAGAUUUCUCCCAAUUUUUGCAGUCUGAUGAGGCAGAUUUUACUGUUACAGAGUCAUCAUUGUUGAACCUAAAUGACUCACACUGUUGUGUAAUAUUAGCAGUUAGAACUCGGGUGACAUUACAAUCAUUUCUCAGGAGAUAUCACCGAAUAUUGUAAUGUAAAUGCCAUUUGUAAAGACAACCAGCAUGGAUUCGGAGGACUAUUGUUGAAUGCUUCUGAGUUCAGUUCAAAACUUA